AUGCCGCGUCUAACGUCGCGAUCGACACUGCAUCUCCUGCCUGAGGACGUAGCGGCAGGCGCCUUCCCUCUCCCAUUCUAUGCCCGAGUCGUCGGUAUAGAGGGGGACGAGGUCAAGUUCCGAAGCUUUGACGGGGAAGAAGGAGCGCUUUCGCGGUCAGUCGCCGCUCGCCGAACAGUCACGAUAGCGGCCGUGAACAAGAUGGGGAGGGUGUCGCUGCUUCGCCGGCCAGUGGCCGUCACCACGGGAGAUCCGGAGCCCAAGACUUUCCAUGGUCAAGUCGUUGGUGUUGAGGAUCGCGAGGUGACAGUCGAGUCCGACGGUACCCAAAUCGUUGCUCAAGUCGACGCGAUCAAGGUGGUGGCGCCUGUGGUGGCUCUACGUCUGCAGCAUGUCGCGCUCGACACGAGCGAGUGGAGUUCUGCGGACGUCGACAACAUGCAGACGGCCAUACUAUCGAGGGUAUUGGGAGAAGGGAAUAACGAGGGAAGCCGGUCUAUCAGCUGUAUACUUAGUGGACUGAUCGACGAACAGAAUCAUCCCGAGCCGUCUGCAAUCUGCAAGUGGGUGGAUCCUCAGUCGGGAUCAGAGACACAAUUUUCUCUCCAACACGCGCUCGACUACGCCUUCUAA